GCGGCGGCUCGGCGGAGCAUCCGGAGGAGGAGGAGGAGCUGCCGCCGCCGAUGGAGAGGGGGCCGAUCCGGCCUCCUCUUCCUCCUCCACGUGGCCCGGCCGAGGGCGAGAGGCUGGCGCUCCGCUUCCAGCGGGGCUUCCUGGCCGGCCAGCGGCUGAGCGCUUUGCCCUGGCAGGAUCUUGAAAAGAUACUUAGGACUUCAGGGGAUUCCUCCCCAGUUCUGACCAUUCUGCAGGAAACUGUUUUUCACCCGCUGUGCGUGAAGUACCCUCCCUCCGUCAAGUACAGAAAAUGCUUCUUAUUAGAACUCAUUAAAAAGCAUGAAUCUACAGGUGCUGAAUCCCUCGAUCCAUUAUAUGAAGCCCUUGGGGAGGUCUUGACCGCAGAAGAGACGGCACACUGUUAUAAGAGCUAUUUACUGCCCUCGGGAGAUGCCGUUACGCUCCGCGAAAACGUGGCCAUUAUUUCGCAAGGAACCACAGGCCUCGUCACAUGGGAUGCUGGCCUUUAUCUGGCCGAGUGGGCUUUGCAGAAUCCAUCCAUCUUCUGUAACAGGAACAUCUUGGAACUGGGCAGCGGAAUCGGGCUGACGGGAAUCGUGGUGUGCAAAACAUGCGGUCCCAAGACGUAUACCUUCAGCGACCACCACCCUUGUGUCCUGCAGCAGCUCUCGGAGAACAUCCGUCUGAACGGCUUUUUUCCAGAGACUGAAGCUUGCAUUUGCAGCCCAGAGAAAAGCACAGGCCAAGAGCCAGGCGGUCCCAACAUAACCGUAGCAGAAAUCGACUGGGACCAGGUGAAAAAAGAACGGCUGGCCGAACUGGGUGCUGAUGUGGUCAUCGCUGCAGAUGUGGUUUAUGAUCCAGAGUUAAUACGGUCCCUCAUUGGAGUGCUACAAAAACUUUCCAUGGGCAACGAUGGGGGAAAGGCGCCAGAGGUCUACAUCGCUUUUGCUAUUCGCAAUCCAGAGACUUACCACUGCUUCCAGGCAGAACUUGCUAAAGUUGGGAUCGCAUGGCAGACUGUCCCUGGCCCUCAGAAGAACCUCUUUUCUUAUGACCAACAUGCAAAUAUCUGUAUUUUACGACUGCUUAUUUAAGGUCCGCCCCCCUCCAUUUUCUGAUGAGAACUCUUUCAAACAACCAUUUUGACUUGAAGCAAAGGGACUGGCUUUCACCCUUUGUGUUUUGAGCAGUGACUACCCCAUCCUGCCAGCUUUGAAGUACUUGGUUCCUGAAAGUGUGGGUCACAUUCCCAUAUAUUCCGACAUGUAUCUUCUGAAACACUCGUCCUCUUCAUCAGCUACCUUGCUGGAGGGUGUACCAUGAGGCUCUUUGAUGAAGAUUAUGUAAAACCA